AUGAGGCCAACUGAUUUGCAUUUUCGAAGCCCAAAAGAGCGCACCCCAGAUCAUUACAACCCAAAUCUCACAUAUGACGGCAGAAGUCUCUCAAUUCCAUCCAGAUCAAGAAAGCAGCUUUUUGCAAAAAGUAAAAGAUUCGGCCAAUAUGAUUUUGAGUACUCAAAGACUGAUCCUUGCGUUGGUCCUGGCUCUUAUCUUUCUUCUACAACAAGAAAUAGAGUAAAAGGUGUAGUUCAAAUAAAGCCUUUAAUUGUUAUGAGAAAUACAAUAAGUAACGGAUUUACAUACGUUGGUAACACAUUAGUGUACGACCCUCUCCUCCUCUCAAAAAAACAAAGAAAACUGGACCAAUCCUUCCUCAACGACUCAACAAGAUCGACAGUCGCAUCAUUCAAAGCUUUAUCCCACAAAUCUUCUCCGAGAGACCCUCAAAGUGCUUCUCCUUUAAAAGCAUCCCUAAGAAAUUAUUCUCCCCAAAGAAAAAAGCAAAAAAGCCUAGUAAAAAGCAAUUUAAAGACAAUAGAAAAAGUGCUGAACGAAAUAGAAAAAAAAGAAAGGGUGGAAAGAAGCAAAACGCUGGGAUUAUUGUAA